AAGUGUUCAUAUUUUGUGCCCCUCUUCCCAAGUAACCUCAAAUUCUCUCACAAAACAAUUCUACCAUUUUCUCCUCAUUUAUUUGUUAGCUUUGUUUAUCUUUCCAUAGUUCGAUCUCAAUUCUCUGCAAUCAUGGUGCUCGAGGCUACGAUGAUCUGCAUCGAUAAUUCGGAGUGGAUGCGUAACGGCGACUACUCCCCCACUCGAUUCGAUGCUCAAAAGGACGCUGUAAGCCUAAUUUGCGGAGCGAAGACUCAGGCGAAUCCAGAAAAUACAGUGGGAGUGUUGACAAUGGCCGGAAAGGGGGUUCGUGUCUUGGUCACUCCAACCAGUGAUCUUGGCAAGAUAUUGGCCUGUGCACACGGUGUUGAAGUAGGUGGUGAGAUGAACUUGGCAGCUGGGAUCCAAGUUGCACAGUUGGCCCUCAAGCAUCGCCAAAACAAGAAGCAACAGCAAAGGAUAAUCGUGUUUGUGGGAAGUCCUGUUAAGUAUGACAAAAAGGUGUUGGAGUUAAUUGGAAGAAAAUUGAAAAAGAACAGUGUAGCUCUUGAUAUUGUAAACUUUGGCGAAGAAGAUGAAGAGAAGACAGAGAAGCUUGAGGCAUUACUUGCUGCUGUAAAUAACAAUGAUAGCAGUCAUAUUGUACAUGUUCCUCCCGGUCCCAGUGCUCUUUCAGAUGUGCUUAUCAGUACCCCAAUAUUUACAGGCGAUGGAGAAGGAGCAAGUGGCUAUGUUGCAGCUGCGGCAGCUGCUGCUGGUGGCGGGUUUGAAUUUGGCGUGGAUCCAAACUUGGACCCUGAACUUGCUCUUGCACUUAGAGUGUCAAUGGAAGAGGAGAGGGCAAGACAAGAAGCGGCUGCAAAGAAGGCUGCAGAAGAAGCUGGAAAGGGGGAAAAAGGAGAGCAAUCCAGUUCACAGGAUGUAACCAUGACGGAGAAUGUGAUCCCUGUAACAUCUGAACCUGAAAAGAAGACCCAUGAUCUAACGGAUGAUGAGAAUGCAUUGUUACAGCAAGCCCUAGCUAUGUCCAUGGAUGAUUCUUCAUCCACAGUUGCUGUGAGGGACACUGACAUGUCCGAUGCAUCUGCUGAUGACCAUGAUCUGCAACUUGCUCUUCAAUUGUCAGUGCAAAAUGGUCAAGGUGAUCAAUCAAACCCGGAUGAUGCGAAUAAGAUAUUUGCAGAUCAAUCCUAUAUGUCCUCCAUGCUGGCUCAACUUCCAGGCGUUGAUCCGAAUGACCCCGCCAUCAAAGAUUUGCUUGCUUCCAUGCAGAAUCAGUCUGAGAAGAAGGAAGAAGACACAGAACCAAAAGAAGAGGAAAAGAAGUGAACACACGUCUUGUCUACUAUCACCUUCAGGUCAAGGGGAUCUAUUAUGCAGAAACUGAUGAGAAACUGUUGAAGUUGGCAGUCAGGAUGAUAUGCCAUGAACCAUCUAUAUAUAUUAUGAAGAAGGAUGAUUGUUGUGAACUGAUCCAGCAUUACCUAGUGAACUUUGAUGUCAAAAUUAUUGCAUUUUAUUUCAGAUGGUAUUGUGGAUAUAUGGCACGGCUUAUUCAAUCAUUAUGUGGAACGCUGUUUUUUCUUUGC